AGUCGACUCUGGAAUGGAGUUGUUUUGUUGAAGAGGUUAUUGUAUUGUUUUUAUUAGAAUAACCAAUAAGUUAGUAUUUUUAAAAUAAAUUUGUUAGAAAGUAAUUUGAAAAAAUGAAAAACGUGUAAGAAUAACUUUAAAAAUUAUUAGUAUUCAAUCUAUAAUAGGUUUCUAGCUUUAAAAUAAAGAUUCUAAGGACGGAUCUUCAUCAAGGUUGAAUUUAAUUCCUUCACGCAUCAAGAACUGUAGUACUGUAGCUCAUAGUUUUAUAUUUUGUUUAUUUAGAAUUCUUGGAAGGACAGGAGCAAGCCCAAUACUGAACACUCACGUUACAAAUGUGUGGAAUGAAGUAUAACCGGGAAAUGGUAAUUAAGUCAGGUUUUGAAUGGUACGACUUUCACUUUCCAUAUUACACAGUUUUGUGAGUAGUGGGGUUAGGUGUGUGCUCAUCGCAGAUUCAGACCAUGGCCAUCAGGUAAUCACUUUCUCCGUUUCCAGCAGCAUAUUGUUUGCGCUUCUCAGAGUCUCUGUCUUUUCAAGUUUUUUUCUAUUCAAUCCAUAAAAAAUGUCAGCGUGCAGUACCCUCAAAUUGUGUUCAUAUUUGGCCAAACAAAAUAGCUAUGGUGCCAGAAAGUCUUUGGUUCUUUAUUCAAAUGUGUGUGCAUUAUUGGAUUCAAAAAGGAUUCAUACAUCAAACAGAAACUUCAACAUUACUGGUAAACUAGCCCAAAAUCAACAGAGACCAGACUGGAACCGUGCAGUGUCAGAAGCAGAAAAAGUUGUUGGAUAUCCAACUUCAUUUUUGAGUCUCAGGUGGCUCCUCAGUGAUGAAAUAGCCAAUGUUGCGUUACAUCUGAGAAAACUAGUAGGCUCCAAUCAUCCACUCCUGAAAACUGCUAAGAGUUUGCUUUACAAUGGACGAAACAACAUGCAAGCAUGGGGUUUAAUAGUGUUGCUGAUUUCCAAAGCAGCUGGACAUUUGAAUGUGGAUGAGAUGGAAGAAGACAAGGCUGCUGGGGUUCUUCACAGCCAAAGAGCAUUAGCAGAGGUGACUGAAAUGAUAAGGACCAGCCACUUGGUGCAUAAGGGACUUGUCAACAUCUACCCGGGCCUCUACCCUGAGCCAGCCGUACUCAAUGACAUGACUUUCGGCAACAAGAUAGCUCUGCUCAGCGGUGACUAUCUGCUUGGAAACUCUUGUGCUGAACUAGCAGCACUUCGCAAUCAGGACUUGGUAGAGCUGAUGAGCAGCGCGGUGCGCGACCUGGCCGAAGGGGAGUUCGUGGGCCGCCGCGACAAGCAGAACAACCCACUGCCAUCGAUUCACAGCGCAUGCGCACUGGACGACUGGACUGCGCGCAACGUGCUGUCUGCGGGCAGUCUGCUCGGAAAGUCGUGUCAGGGCACGCUCAAGCUGGCCGGACACGGCACGCAUAUGCAGGACCAGGGGUAUCGGUUCGGCAAGCAUUUGGCGCUCGCUUGGCAGGCCUGCCUGGACUUGGAACCAUUCACAAAUGGCUCUCAGUACGUGCCUGGCUCCAUGUUCAGCCUGACUUCGGCUCCUGUCAUGUUCCACCUGGAACACGACCCCUCGCUGCUCGAUGAAAUCGACAACGGACUCGAAUCCGUACAGAACGUCGACUAUGCUAAGGUGCACAGUGCCGUAUCUAAAGGUCCUGGAAUCUCUCUGACCAAACAGCUGCAGAAAGAGCACUCGCAAAAAGCAAUGGAGGUUCUAGAAGUGUUCCGUGAGAGUGACGCACGCACGGCCCUUUCCAACAUCAUCGUUGCUAUGGGAGAACUCUAGUUCUCUUCAUGCAUCAAAAUCCAAAAAAUAUAUUAUUAAAUAAUAUAUUAAAUUUUAAGCUCUCAAUUUGAACCAGUGCAAUAGCUUUAUACAGUAUUUUUGUUCUGUAACUUAUCAUUUUAGUGUAAUAUGAAUACUGAUCACAGUGUAAACACUCUUUUAUAUAUAAUAUUAUGUUAAUAAUAAAUUUGUAUAUUCUUUAACAGAUAG